AUGUUACGUUAUUUCUAUCUAUCUAUCUUGCUAGCUAGCUCAGCUGAUUCAGACCCCUCUCUGUCUCUCUCUCUCUCUCUGUCUCUGUCUCUGUCUCUCUUUCUCUCUCUCUCUAUCUAUCUAUCUAUCUUUCUAUCUAUCUACCAGUGUUACUUUCUAUCUAUCUAUCUAUCUAUCUAUCUCUAUCUAUCUAUCUAUCUAUCUAUCUAUCUAUCUGAGAAUAGCUGUGCGCCCAUUGGUCGUCUCUCUUCUUACCUGUCAGAGCGCCGAAAGGCAAAGAGUGGGCGUGUCCUAUCCACCGCGCCGAUUCCAGCCAAUCAACGCGUUCAACGUUGUCCCGAUUUCCUCACAGUUCGCCGCCGGCCACACAAUUGCUUCAGGCUUCUCCGAUUAAGUGCUCUCAUAUCUUCAAGCGACGACACUUGUGUUAAAAGUGUCUCCACUCUCUCACCACACGCACGCACGCGCACCAUCGCCAUUCCACACCUAUCUUGUCGCCGGCCGAUGGAGUCUCAAUUAGCAAUGACCUCGGCUCCCGGCACUGUACGGACAAGCAGCUUUAGCGUCAAGGAUAUACUGGAUCUACCAGAUGCCAAGACGAGCUGCCCUCCGCCUCUCUCCCCUCUGGUCGUCAUUAUGUAUGGACGAACGCAAAUUCGUGAAACCCAUGAUUACAAACUCAUAUCCAUACAACUGAAUAUAUUUGGAUCUAUCUAUCUAUCUAUCUAUCUAUCUAUCUAUCUAUCUAUCUAUAUAUGUAUAAACGCUUAA